AUUCAACUUAGUUGUAACUCAACUCAUAGGUCAUGAACUAUUAGAUUUUGCACGAACUUUAUCAGUUCAUACAUUAAGCCAAGAGUUUGUCUGGGUUUUGGUGCAGUUUACAUUUUCUCAAGCUCCGACAUAGAAAUACUGAAGAUGAGAAGGAUAACUGUCGUGCAAGUUGUUGUUUUUCUAAAUUUCCAUCAAUGCUUUGGUCAAGACGCUAUAAAUUCCGAGUGUCCUGCACCUCCACCGGUUCACGAGGAACUUGAUGAAUUGCUCCUCCCACAAUGUGGUUCUCCAACGACUAUUUCAACUACUCAAUUUUGUCAGAGCGAAACGCCUCAAAAUCUGUGCACCGCAGAAGAAGAACGCAUCGAUAGGAUUGUUUCAGGAAUAGUGGGUUGUCUUCAAGAUAUAAGACACACGGCGGCAUAUGACAUGAGCACUGAAUUUAUGAGCAUUGUCGCCAAAAUUACGGACACUCUAAUGAAGGAAAAGACAGCGAACGACAUGAUGUACUUGGCCAACCGGUUGAAAGAACAUCCAAAAAUGAACUAUAGACUCUGGCUUCGCGCAAUGUUGAGCGCUAUCGAACGACGACCAGACGAUUUUAAAGGAUUUCAAUUUCACCAAUCAGUCCAAGCCAUGCCUCACUAUUAUUUGUCUGCUAAAACUUUGGACACUCUUAAGAAUGCUCGAGAUGAGGAGACUUGCACACUCGUGGAUGAAUCGGAAGGUAUUGCAAAUGCGGAAGAAAAUCUACUCUUCUACUUUCGAGAGGAUAUUGGAAUAAAUUCGCAUCACGGGUACUGGCACGCGAUUCACGGUCACAAUCGGAAACCGGACAAUAAAGAUUGUCCUACUGAUGGAUCUUUUCCAAAUGAAGAUACUCCUUGUCACGAAGACCGACGAGGAGAAUUGUUUUACUAUAUGCACCGCGUCAUGCUGGCAAAGUAUCACACGGAGCGACUUUCCCACUGUCUCCCACCUUUGUUGCCUUUUCACCUUCAGAUUGGUGGUGUGAUUGACAGUGGCUACAUCCCUCAUUUGGGGAUUAGGCCAGAAAAUAAUAUGCAAUGGGAGAAGAGACCUCCCAAUGUUCCACUUCCGGACGAAGUUAUGGAACAAAAUACUUCGAGCGACAACAAAACCUGUAUUCGUUCUUUUACCAGUGUUCGACAACUGCUAGAAAAUAUUCUCAAUAUUGAGAUUGCAAUUCGAACAGGGGAAUAUGUUUCGAAUAAUGGAGAAAAACGUCCGCUCACAAUUGACGUCUUGGGAAAUAUGUUGGAAGCUUCGGGUAAAAAUCCAAACGAGACGCUGUACGGAUCUGUUCAUAACAGUGGCCAUGAUUUAAUUUCGAAGGCGAUUACUCCAAAGCAGGCAAUAAACUCAUCCGUUGGAGUAAUGGGCGAUACAGCAACAGCCCUUCGUGAUCCUAUAUUUUAUCGGUGGCACUUGUUUAUUGACAAUUUACUUGACACACAUCAACGCAACCUGCCUCCACACGAAAUAGUUUCGGUCGUGGAGGGCGACUAUCCUCUUUUAUGGGAUAAAGUUGAAAUUACAGAUGUAUUCGUCCGCCAAAUAGAACAUACUUUCCAGAAAAACCGGUUAAAUACAUUCUGGUCUCAACAAGUUUUUCAAAUCGGAGUUCCCAAAUAUGACAAUUCAUGUAAAAAAUCCAAGCUUUGUUUUAAAAAUUUGGACCAUAAAGAUUUCGAGUAUAGCAUCCAAAUUGUAAAUCCAGGCUCUGCAGUUAACGGCACAAUUCGCAUCUUUCUCGCCCCUCGAAGGCGAGAAGAUGGACAAAUGCUAACUAUCUUGGAACAGCGAAAGUAUAUCCACGCGUUAGACACUUUCAACAUAAAUGAAAUUUUACCUGGAAAUCACACGUACACCCGUCAAUCCCUCGAUUCCACUCUCACGACGGCAAGAAGUUCUGGAGGUUAUCUCAGUGGGUCGAAAGUGAUCAAGAAAUGCGACGAUAAUAAGUGUGGUUGUGGGUGGCCGCACCAUCUGCUCCUUCCCAAAGGUCACGAAGGAGCAGGGAUGGAAUUUGACCUGAUCGUCAUGAUCACGGAUGGAAACCGGUAUCGGUUUUUAUACAAUAAACAAGAAGAAGAAAACCUUAAAGGCUGUCAAAUGGCUCCUCUUAUUUGCGGUAUAACUGGGUUGAACCGACCCUACCCAGAUGUAGAUUUGCCAAUGGGUUAUCCGUUUGAGAGGCUUCCUUAUUUACUUCCUAAUAAGAAAAACUUGCCUCGGAGUAAGCAAAGAGAAUAUGUAAAGUACAUGGCUGAUUAUACUGAAGGAUUGAGCAAUAUGCAUCGGACAACGAUUCACAUAAUUCACAAUGAUAUUUUUCUGGAAAAUCCCGACCACCCACUGAGUUUGGGUCGUAAGUUGCAAUCUACUGGAAUGCCGAAAUCGUACUGUGUCAAUGGGUCGCCGACCCUGGUACCUCCCACUCAAAGCACCGGAUGGGAUUGGUACCAACCACCACCUACCACGCCUCAACCAAUAAUAUGGACAUCACAGCAGCCUUAUUAUUAUGAUAGAAGCUGCAAUUGUUACAAAACUGGGUCGCAAGCCCCACCAACGACACCACCGCCGGUGGUGUGGACCACACCGACGCGACAACCUUAUUACUACGAUAGAAGCUGUAAUUGCUACAAAACAGGAGGUUGUUCGGGAUAAUUAUAUGAAUAAAAACAUUUUUAAAUCCAAUGAAAUAGUUAAGUAAUAAUUAUGCCCAUACUUGCACAAAUUGCUGUCGCCAAUUGAACCUUUAAGCCAAACAAAUACAAAAGACAGUUUUAAAUGUAUUUGUCAAUUCUUCUAUUAUACCUUGUACGCUUGAUCAUCUAUGCAGUUUGCAGUUAUAAUUUAGCAUCGAUGAUGUUGAUUAAACAAGACUCGUGACAUUUUUGGUGAUUAAAAGUGAUUACAAUGUUGUAAAAGAAAAAAAAUAAAAUUUCUGACCCAUGGAUCAUUAUUUUCCCGUUCAUUUUUUCUGAUUAUGCUCCAUUUUAAAUGAAUUUGAAUUGAGAGUUUGCAAAUAAACGGAAAAUAUUUAAAUACUG